CGCACGCCUCGACACGCGCGCAGAACGCACGAACGUCCGGGUGCUUCCCGCGCGUUUCGUUGAUCCACGCGUUGUCGCGAACUUAGUCGCUCGCGGCGCGCGUGAAGAAUGGCUCCGGGCGGCGAUCACGUCGCGAACGCGCGCGACGCCUCGAUCCGCGGGGAGGCGCCGGACGAUGGUGUCUUUUUGGACGAUCGCGCGCGCGCGGUUCUCGGCGGGCGCAAGCGCGCGCGCGAGACGAGCGGCCAUCCCACCAACGAAGACGACGACACGCCGACGGACUCUCCCGCGCCCACCCCCGGGGUGAUCCCGACGCCGGAGCAGGGCACGCCGAUGAUCAGCGUCGACGGCGUGAAGAAGAAGCGCAACAGCAAGCCGAAGCGAAUCCAGUUCGGCGAACCCCCGCCGGGGGUGAUCAACAUCGCGAUCGAUCCCCCGAACGGGCGCUACAACAAGAACGGCGUGUGUCAUCACAAAGCCUCCGGGAAGUGGCGCGCGAUCGUGUACGUGAACAAGAAGCAGGUCAACCUGGGGUACUUCACGACGAAGGAGGAGAGCGAGGAGACGGUGCGGCGGGCGAGAGAGUUUGGCCUUCCCCCCGGGUUCGUGAAUUGUCGCGCGCACGCGCAGCCGAAGCGAUCGGCCAUCAACGGCGUGAACUGGGACAAGCACUGCAAGCGGUGGCUCGCGCGCGUGUACGAGCCGACGAAGGACGGGAAGAAAGGGAAGGAGCACAAGGUGGGGUACUACGACGACGAGGAGGAGGCGGGCAGGGCGAUCAUCGCGCGGAGGAAGGAGCUCGGACUCCCGGAGAAGUCGACGCGGAAGAAGCGCGAGAAGAAGACUGGGACCGGGACCGUCGCGGCGGCGGCGGCGGCGGGCGCGGCGGCGUCGCUCGCGACGAUCGGCGUCGGAGGCGGCGGCGGCGGCUCGGGCGCGGGCGCGGUCGAGGCGUCGGUGAACUUCGACGGGCUCGUCGAUCUCGGCGCGGUGGAGGCGAUGACCGUGGGGGGCGCCCUGGGGGUUCCCCCGCCGCGAUCGCGGCGUUGA